GAAAAAUAUUAUGACAAUAAUAUUUCAUUUAAUAUGACAUUGUUCCUUUUUUCAAUCAAUUCAAUCCAUUCAAGUGGAAGGUGGCCAUGGUGGCAACGGGCAUUGGCGCUUUCGAAAUCAUUCUGAAUCGAGACUUUCAUCAAACAUAGACAUUCGUUCACCCGUUCAACUUCAGCGUGAGUUUAAUAGGUAGAACAACCAAACUCACCCUCACCAUGAAGACCCUCAUUACUUUGUUCAUUCUUGCAGCUUGUAUAGCUCCCCUGUACGCACUGGAUUGCUACUCUUGUCGUUACGAUGCCGAAGUCAGCGGCGGAUCUGUCUGUCAAGAUAAGAUUGAUAAUUCUACGUUGGUCUCCAGCAGUGAGGUGUCAACGGAAACUUGCACAGGACAAUGCUCGAAAUCCGUCUUCAAGGUCGGCAACGAAGUGACCUCCUUGCAACGAAGCUGCGUAGCUGCAUGCUCCACUGGGUGUGUCACGCUCUUUAGCCUCAAGACGUGCACAUACUGCUGCAGUGCAGAUUACUGCAACAGCGCCACCAACGUUCAAAUGAGCAUCAUUGCCAUGAUGGUCGCUCUUCUCCUCUCCCUUGGAAUUUUACGAUGAGAUGAUGACAUCAGAU